AGAAAUGCCCUAGAAGUAGAUCGGACGAAGAACGCAACUACGACGUUGGACUCACUGCUAGCAAAUUAUGACAACAGGCUGAGGCCAAAAUUUGGAGGUAACCAAAGUUUCAAUGAAGAUCUGAUAUAUAGAUUUAGCCAAGGAUAAUAGCGAAGCUCCCACGGGAUCAUUUAAGAAAGGACCUUCUGAGGUAAUUCAGCUCUAGCCAUAAGUAAGACGUAGACUGAAUUCCAUUUGGAGAAAAAAUGCUCCGAAAGCUUUAUGGCAUCUUUAGAGCAAUGUCAAGACAUUUCUACAAUUUAUUGAAAAUCAAUUAACUCCUGACUGUAACUUGUUAACACCCGCAAAUCUCCUAAUUUGCCACCACUGUUUUGCUACGUGUGUUAUUGGGGUUCUAAGCUAUCAGAUAGUUGUUUUUAUAGGUUUCCCCACUCAGAAUUUGAUUAUUCCGUGGCAGUCUUAAAAUAAGUGGUCCAAAAUGGCGACAUAAAUUAUUUCAUAUCAAGCAAUAAAUAAAUUCGUACAAUGAAUAAAAACAACAACAACAAAACAAACGUGCUUUCUCUUCCUACGAUUACAGGGAGGCCCGUCAUCGUCCAUGUUGGCGUGUACAUUGUUGAUAUCGGAGAAAUUUCAAUCACUAACAUGGUAAGGAACGUUGCGCGCUGCAUAUGUAUUCACGAAUUAGAGAAGACCUGAAAAGUAUCUUUAUGGACAGAGUGUCAAAACAAAGUAUACCCCUUCUUUAAUAAUGUUAAGUAGUUUGGUGAUCAUACACCAGCUCAUGGCAAUUAUAGUAAAUAGGAUCUUAUCAGCGUUUUUUAUCUUUAAAACCGCUUUAUCGCUGUAACCGACUCCUAAAAGCUGAAAUUUGCUUGAAAUGCUUCCAAACAGGACUACAGGAUGACAAUCUAUCUAAGGCAGAAGUGGGAGGAUCCUCGCCUCAGGUUUAACGGUACUGAUCGUAUCGUUGCCCAGGGAAACAUACUUGAAAAAAUUUGGAUUCCAGACACUUACUUUAAUCAUGAGAAGAAAUCAAACUUCCAUGAGAUCACAAAGAAGAACUAUGAGCUCUCCUUCUAUCCCAAUGGAACAGUCUUUUUAAGCAUAAGGUUAGUGGUAUAAGAUUCUUUAAAUAAAAUGCCUUCGUAUGUCCACGAUCAAUCCAUCCAUCCAUUCAUCCAUCCAUCCAUCCGUCCAUCCAUCUAUCCAUUCAUCCAUCCAUCCAUGUUUUCUCGUAAUUUCCUCCUAAGUUCCGUAGGUUUUUUUCAGCAUCGUGUUGCCCCCGAGCAAAUAUUGUUGCAAAUCUAUUUUUCGCCCAGUCAUUAAAAUGUUACUAAUGGUACGGUUUUAGGAUCUCAUUAACUGGAGUUUGUCGAAUGAAUUUGAGGACAUAUCCAUUGGACAACCAGACGUGCGUUCUACACAUUUCGAGCUGUGAGUAUUCAAACUCCUUUCAUGGAAAUAGAAGACAAUUAGAGUUUAGAAAAUUUGUCUAGUUCAUUAACUUUAACUAUCUUGGGCCCUAUUUUCUGAAGAAAGGCCUGCCAAAAGCUCGUUUUCUGAGGAGGCCAACAAAGUACUACGGGCGCUUUCCAAAAUUCAGAACUGGUUGGCUGGAUUCUUCACUAAGAAAAUGAAAUAUUUGCAUUUUCUGGAAAUUUCUACUAAAACCCAUCACAGCCGUGCGUGCAAAAUUUAGGAAUAAACUGAUCUUGCUUUAUCCAUAGUCCAACGGUUACGUUGGACUAUGGAUAACGAAUUGAAUUACGCGAAUUGCUUUUUAGGAUUAACUUCUGGGUUUUGGAAUGAAAAUUUUCAAGAAAUUAACUUAUUCAUCUGUCAUUGUUCAUUCAUAACAUUAUCUCAAAAAACAGCCGUGAGAUUUUUUAGAAACACUUCAGACGGGCUACUCCUCUUUCUUGAAUUAAAACUGAAGUGCUGUUUUUGUACAUGAGCCAUUUAUUGCUAUUCAUCUUCUUAUUCAGUACUUGCCAUUCAAGAAUUUUGCAAUGUGUAGAAUUAAAGUUUUUCUGCACUGAGUUUUGCAGUGUACAGUGUGUCGCCCUUUUUCCAUAACUCGUGCCCUGAAUACAGCUGAAUACCGCUUGAAUGAAGUUUACUGCGUUUUUUUCAGUUGUUUGUUUACGGCUUUAUUAUACUCGCUGAAAAAGUGAGCUUUUCUAAAAUAUGAAAGAGGUCUCCUCUAUUCUAGCGAGUUUGUCUAUUUUUUUUUAAAAUACAAAGUUGUAAGUUGCUGUAUGAACGUUUAUAUUUCUAGUGAGUUGUAGUUUAUAUUACAGUUACUAGCGUAAAAGGUUAUCGUUUGCUCGUGCUUUCCCAUGUCUGUCCUCAAAGAAAAUAUAAUACACCUUACGGUAAAAUUGAAUGGUCUGAUCUGGCUAUCUUGUUCUUAGAAAUGAUAAUUAAGUGCCCUAAGAGAUGUGAAAAGCCCGUCAUACCACCUUUAUCGCAUAUGUCAAGAGCAUAAUGUAAAACCACUUGAUAAAAUACGGUGCGUCCAGUGACUUAGCUUAACCAUUUUGCAAGUUAUUUUCCGAGUUUCCAUUUGAUGCAAAAACGUAUAAUGUUCGGAUCAAUUAAGGUUUCUGUGGAACUGCCCACCUACUCCUCCCUUAAGCUAAUAACGCUUACUUCUUAUCUAUACGCAAAAUAUUAGCUUAGGGGAUGGGUAUCCUCAUUUUCUACAUUCAAAAGACUCACUUGGUGGUUGGAUGGUUGCAUAUACGAUACGCCUCAAUGUGACUGAGAGAUGCAGUUAUGAGUCAAACGUGCUUGUUGUCCUGGUUUGACUAUGUGACUGCGUGAUGCAGUUCUAGUCAAAGACCCACAUUUCGCCCUUGCUCGCCAUCGAAUCUUCAGUAGCGCAGUGGUUAGAGCAUCCGACUAGAUGACGGAGGGUCGUGGGUCCGAAUCCAAUCUGGGGCUCGGAUUUUUUUCCGAGUUUCCAUUAAAUGCAAAAAAAAAAAAAAAAGUAUUAUGUUCUUCAUUAUGAAAUAGGAAUGACAAAAUAUCAAAUUAUAAUUACAAGGACGGAUAUCAACAUUACGUUACUGCUCCAGCAAUUUCUGGUGAUGCAUGCAAACUGAGUUCCAGGCCCGCAAAGCAUUGUGGCGACCAACAAAUAAUUUUGGCCACAUAACAAGCCUCAUGGUCAAGGUAAAUUGGUAUUCAGAAAAAGGCGGUUCAAAGAAAAAAAAACUGCUAUGGUUUGUUGUGGCGACGUGCUUAGGUAAUAGUUAGCAGUAACUUAAAUGACUUGGUUGAGUUAGAUUUGAUACUUCAAUUUUUUUUUUCGGUUUCGUCAUCAGAUUCCUACUCUGAAACUGAUUCAAUAUACACCUGGAUGGAAGGUCUCGUUGGAUCUGUGGAACGUGCUGAAGACAUUUCUCUUCCGCAGAUGGAUCUUAUUAGUAUUCGAUCAUUUAGAAGUAAAGAUGUGUACUCUAGAGGUACGAUAACAAUUGUCAUAAUCCAAUAGAGCUAUUAAGUGUACUAGGAAAUGCCCCAUAGGUGUUGGUCAAAAUGUCUCAUCUUUAAUUAAGUAGCCAGCUGCGUGUGUGGUAGGCAUAAAAAGGGGAUGGGAGGCUACCGUUAGGCAGAUAUCGAAUACAAAUUUAUACGAUUGAGCCAGAGAGUCCCGUUAUAAGUAGGAUGAAGAGUCCGGGUAAAUAUACUCCUUGGCCGGGUAGUUUAAAGCAGGGUUAGUGCAAAAUUUCAGAUCAGAAAUGAAAGGUUAAAAGGUAAAUUCAGUUUUAUUCUUUUUGUCUACAAUUUGAUGAUUUGAUGCUCUAAAAAGAAUCGAGAAAAUUAUCCGGAAAAUGCUUUUGAACAAAAGGAAAUGAAACCCGGGUUAAAAACUUAACCCUGGGUUAGCGCUAAUCGGCCUUCGAAAAACUGGCCCUGGCUGUUAGUGGACGUCUUCAUGCAAUGUCAGUCACUAUCGCUAACAUACCUUCAUUUAGGAUCUUCUGGAUUAGUUUGUUAAUACUUGUGCAGUGGAAACGCUUGCCUCUUUAAAAGAAGUAAGAAUAAACACAGUUGGAAGGACGCGGUCCUCUGUGCGAGAGGUCCUGAGUUUGAUUUCCAGUUAUGACCUCCUUCCUUCCUUCCUACGUGGAUAAAAGUAACUUUGAAUACCCGUUAAUUGGAAUACUAUAGUUUGAGAGGAGUAACAUAAAGUUAAAAUAGGGCCUCAAGUUUGAUUGUUUGAUGAUGGAUAUUUCAAGAACCCAACGUUAAGCAAGAAGCCUCUACUUUUACCUUUAACUUAAAGCUCAGCGGCACCCAACGACUGCUUUCUGUAAAAUGUCUGUUCGGAGAAGCAAAAAUUGCCUAGAAUUUUUUAUAGCUUGAGGAAGGCUAAAAAUUUCUAGAUGACCUUUCUUCUACUCAUAUACAAUUUUCGAAGCUUAUCUAAUAAAUUCCCUACGAUUUUCUAAAGUUUAAUUUCUCGCAUUUCGCUCCCAGGUAAAGCCAUUAUUCGUAGGAAAACGAGACCUAAAAUUUUCGGAUUCGAAAAUGCGAUGAAGAGAGGGAUCAGAAAAAUUCUUACUUUAGUAAAAGUUUAAAUUGCAUCUAAAAUUUUCGGGAAAAUAAUACUUAAGCACUUGUAAUUUCGAAAAGACUCAAGUUGCCCUAGGAUGACCGAACAGAUACAAAUUUUAUAGCACCGUUUAGAAUGAAUUUCUAAAAGUUCUCUGGAUAGCCUAAAAAGUGUUUUCGAUGCAUUUAGGAGGAAACUGUCCUUGGGUGCCCCUGAAAGGUACUUACUGAUAAGACUGAUAAGACUGAUACACCUUUCGCCCCAUGUAAAGUAAUCCGAAUUCAGAAACCCGAGGCAUUUUUGCUUUUUUUGCUGGGCUUUGGACUCCGCAAUCUAGCUUAAGGCAUUCGGAAUCUCGCUAAUGAGUAGAAUCCAGAAUCCAAGUUCUAUUAACAAGGAAUCGGGAUCCAGCACCUGAAACCCAGAAUCCACAGCACGAAAUAUCCAGAAUCCAAGAAUAUUUUCGAUGACCUUGCAUAGGGUGAUACUAUCUAGCUAUCUAUUGCUUUUCAGGGAAUUAUUCAAUGUUAAGCCUGGUAUUAACGUUCCACAGAAGACUAAGCUUGUUCAUAACAGAAACGUAUAUCCCAUCUAUUAUGAUUGUGGCGUUAUCGUGGGUGUCAUUUUUUAUCAACUAUAAAGCGGCCCCGGCAAGAGUAGCGCUGUGCAUCACAACGGUCAGUAUUUCCUGGUUCCUCUAAAACCAAUUAGAUCCUUCAGGCCUACUUGUUUCAAUUAUUUUCAAGUUAAGUCUCCAUCUCGUCAGCUCAUUUUUUGACUUUUCUCUCGGGUAGCCUAAGAAAACAGACACAUUUCUCGAGGCCACCACUUUCCCCUUGAAAUGGCGUCCGAGGAACGAGUGCAGAAAUUCCAUACUGAUGACGCGUCACUAAGUGCUUGUGAUUGGCUUAAAAUUGGCUGCAAUCAAUCAGAAGCACUACCUUGAUCUGAGUGGUGACACCUCCUUAGUAUGGAAUUUCUACGCUCGUUCCUUAGACGCUAUUUCGCGUGGAAGCCCAUGAUGGCGUCACGAAAUGUCAGCUUUUUUCUACCUGCAAGUACCUGGCUGCAAACGCUUAAUUAUUUCCAUUUCGUUGUAAUUUUUAUGAAUUCUUUAUGAUAUCUUCGGACAUUCAAAGAUAUAUAAUGAAUAGCAAGAGGAGCUUUAGAUCUGAUAGACGUAAGGUUUUAAUCCCAAUUUUUGAUAAUAAUAAUUCCCACUAAAAAUGUUGAGAUCUUUUUAAAUGGAAUUUUGAUUAGACUAUAGUAGUUAAAGAGCGCAAACAUGGAAUUUUUUUUAAGAACUAUUGAAACUCAUACGGUCGAACAGCCAAAAACAAAACAAAACACAACGCGACAAACAAGCUGACAAACGACAACAACAACAACCCAACAAGAGCAAGAUUGCUCUGUGUCUGACUACUCUCUCUUAAUGAUGUCUUGUUUAAAAUAAGUCUCAUUUAAAAUUCUGUUUUUAUCAGGUGCUUACUAUGAUAACGUUAACUGCAGCUGUGCGCAAUUCUCUGCCGCGAGUGACGUACACAAAGUACAGCGACUGGUUUUUAAUGACGUGUCUUGUGUAUGUGUUUGGUGCCCUGGUCGAGUUUGCUGUUAUCAAUUUCCAUGACAGCUUGGAGGCAAGAAAACAUGAGACACUUAAGUGCAAACUAAACGACGUUGACAUGGAGAGCGGGGUAAGUGGAAUUAUGACAUAAACCUAAGGCUCCUACUGAUGUAGUAGAAACUAAACAGAUCCACGAAACAUGGCAUUUAUAAUUAUUCCUUGAGCCCGCGUUGGAUAGGAGGUUGCUGAUAGCCAACAAAGCGCGAAGCACCUGAGUUGGCCAUAACCAGUAAGUGAAUUCGACCGUCAUUUUAUUCACUUCUUUUAUAGUUUAUUACAAAUCAUCAGCUAAUUCUUAAAUCAGAAUUAUAACCUGUAGCAAUGAUUUCUCUUCUGUAAUUGAGAUAAAUACUAAAUAAAAUACAUUUUUAGAUGUUUAUUAUAUUUAUUGUUAUAAGUAGAGACUGAGAGGGUAUUAAAUUAUCAAUACCACGCAUCAAUCCUAGACACGGGCGUCCAAAAUCGUGGUUUUGUCAGUUGUCAAAAAAAUUCGUUUAACAAAAAACAUACAUGGUCAAAAGCUACAUGAAACAAAAAGCUUUACUAUGUUCUUCUGUCACGAAUUGACAAAAAAAAACCUUUAACUUCACUGUCCAUACAAAGUGAAAUACGGCCUGCUUAACUGGCCAGUCACAGUCCUCGUACCAACUGAGAUAUGAAAUAUUGUUCAUUGGUGUACGCUGGAGGUUGCCAAGCACGAAAGAAGAGGAAGAGUCAACCAAAAAGAUAGCGAUGGCAAAGGAAGCGCAACUCUUGCUUCAUACGUGUCGCCUGUUAACGCAUGCAGUUCAUAAAAAUUACCCUGAACUAUUCUUUCUUUUUUUGCAGCGAGAUGAAUCCUGCAGAGACAUAGAAGAAACGGAUAGCAACGACUUGAAAACCAGGUACUUACAGAAACAGUUAAACAACCUGCGAGAAAAGGUCAAGUUAUUCACGGAACAUGACCUCAACGUGCAAGCCAUUGACAGCCGCUGUAGAAUUCUGUUUCCGCUGACAUUUGCCAUCGUCAACAUCAUUUACUGGAUUUACUUCAUCUUUGAUUCCAAAAGAUCGUAG